AUGACAAACCCCAAUUGUAGUCCACCUAUUGGUAGGUGUGACGGCGCAUGGGGUUCACCUAUUGGCAGGUGUGACGGCGCAUGGGGUCCACCUAUUGGCAGGUGUGACGGCGCAUGGGGUCCACCUAUUGGCAGGUGUGACGGCGCAUGGGGUCCACCUAUUGGCAGGUGUGGAGGCACAUGGGGUCCACCUAUUGGCAUGUGUGACGGCGCAUGGGGUCCACCUAUUGGCAGGUGUGGCGGCGCAUGGAGUCCGCCUAUUGGCAGGUGUGACGGCGCAUGGAGUCCACCUAUUGGCAGGUGUGACGGCGCAUGGGGUCCACCUAUUGGCAGGUGUGACGGCGCAUGGGGUCCACCUAUUGGCAGGUGUGACGGCGCAUGGAGUCCACCUAUUGGCAGGUGUGACGGCGCAUGGGGUCCACCUAUUGGCAGGUGUGACGGCGCAUGGAGUCCACCUAUUGGCAGGUGUGACGGCGCAUGGGGUCCACCUAUUGGCAGGUGUGACGGCGCAUGGGGUCCACCUAUUGGCAGGUGUGACGGCGCAUGGGGUUCACCUAUUGGCAGGUGUGACAGUGCAUGGGGUUAA